CAACAGCAGCAGCAUCAACGCCGAGUACGCCUGACGCACGCAGCUCACACGCGCCAUCAUGUUCGCGGUAAUGCGCAUCGACAACGACGACCGCCGGGCCGACUUCCGUCGCAAGAUGCGACCAAAGUGCGAAUUCGUCUGCAAGUACUGCCAGCGGCGUUUCACCAAGCCGUACAACCUGAUGAUCCACGAGCGCACGCACAAGAGCCCGGAGGUGACGUUCUCGUGCGAGGUGUGCGGCAAAUACUUCAAGCGGCAGGACAAUCUACGCUCGCACAGAUGCAGUCAAUGUAUUUGGCGGUAA